AUCCGUUCGUUUGUUUACUCUGCUCGCUGGUUUUCUGGCACGGACAAUGAGCUCUCUGCCUCAAAGACGGCAAAAACUUGUUUUGAAAUAACCAAUUUGUUUAAUUUGAAUUCCCGAAGCGUUCACCGCAGUUGUCUUUGAGAGUUUCUGCAUUGAGGUUGGUAAAAUGAAGCGGAGCGUACUAGGAGCAACGCUGCUCCUGGCCCUGGUGGGCCCACUAAUCGCCCACAGUUCUGACAACUUGGUGGUUUACGGCUACCAGUGCCGGAAAGGUCUCUGCCAGAAGGUGGAGCUCAGCGAGGACAACUUCGCCCAGGCGAUAAGCCUUCCCGUGUGUCGUCUUUUCUGCGGCAGCACCAUCGGCACUGUUUGGCCUAAGCCAACAGGUGCUGUACGUCUGGAUUCGCUGAUGCGCCAGGUGGACAUCUCGUUAAUCGACUUUAAUUUCAAUGGAACCAUCGCCCGCAAGGAGAAGCUAUGGAAAGCGGCCGAAAACCGCUGGAUGGACUUGCUGGACGCCAAGAUCCCUGAGCGCAAGAUCCUUGCCAGGGGAGGCUAUCGCAUGUCCGUCAACAUCAACACUCCCGACGACGGCGCUCCGGCCAAACUCACCCUGGACACCGAUGAAAGUUACGUCCUGGACAUCGAUACAGAUGUGUCGGGUCAUGUACUAGCCAACAUUACUGCGGCUAAUUUCUUUGGCGCCCGCAACGGUCUGGAGACCCUGGCCCAGUUGAUCGUCUACGAUGAUAUCAGAAGGGAGGUCCAAGUGACCGCCAACGCCACCAUCAGUGAUUCGCCGGUGUACAAGUGGCGUGGAUUGCUUCUGGACACUUCCCGGAACUUCUAUUCGGUGAAGUCGAUCAAGAGGACGUUGGAGGGCAUGGCCUUGGUCAAGCUGAACACCUUCCACUGGCACAUCACAGACUCACACAGCUUCCCCUUGGAGGUGAGCAAGCGCCCUGAGCUCCACAAGCUGGGAGCCUACUCCCAGCGUCAGGUUUACAGCCGCCGCGACGUAGCCGAAGUUGUGGAAUACGGUAGAGUGCGAGGCGUGCGCGUGAUGCCAGAGUUCGAUGCGCCCGCUCAUGUGGGCGAGGGAUGGCAGCACAAGAACAUGACCGCCUGCUUCAAUGCCCAGCCGUGGAAGGAUUUCUGUGUAGAGCCGCCGUGCGGACAGUUGGAUCCCACCGUAGAGGAUAUGUACAAUGUGCUGGAGGACAUCUAUGAAACUAUGUUUGGCCAGUUCGAUCCUGACGUGUUCCAUAUGGGCGGCGACGAGGUGUCCACCAAUUGUUGGAACAGCAGUCGUACUAUCCAGACGUGGAUGAAGAAGCAGGGCUGGGGCCUGGAGACCGCCGACUUUAUGCGCCUGUGGGGCCACUUCCAGACGAACGCGCUCAGCCGGGUGGACAAGGUAGCCAAUGGCACCCACACGCCCAUCAUCUUGUGGACCAGUGGUCUUACCGAGGAGCCCUUCAUCGACGAGUAUCUAAACCCGGAGCGCUACAUUAUUCAAAUCUGGACGACGGGCCUUGAUCCCAAGGUGAAGAAGAUCCUGGAGCGGGGCUAUAAGGUGAUUGUGUCCAACUACGAUGCCCUAUACUUGGAUUGCGGCGGCGCAGGCUGGGUGACCGACGGCAACAACUGGUGCUCUCCCUACAUCGGCUGGCAGAAGGUGUACGAUAACAGUCUGAGGACCAUUGCCGGCGACUACGAGCACCAUGUCCUGGGCGCAGAGGGAGCUAUCUGGUCGGAGCAGAUCGACGAGCAUACGCUAGACAAUCGUUUUUGGCCGAGGGCCAGUGCACUAGCCGAACGCCUGUGGUCAGAUCCUGUGCAGGUCUGGCGGGACGCUGAGGCGCGUCUGCUGCUGCACCGCGAGAGGCUGGUAGAGAACGGUCUGGCCGCGGAGGCUAUGCAGCCGCAGUGGUGCCUACAGAACGAGCACGAGUGUCCCAUUGACGCGUACGAUGCACAAGCGGCUUGAUCCGCGGUUAUUAAGCCUUCCCCGAUGAUAAUGGUCACUAUUCUUGUAGUUUUAGUCCAGGUGGCGGUGGUGGGCGUCUUUGGUUGAUCGUCCUGCUCUUCCAGCUAUUCACAGCUCUCUCCGCCUGAAAUAAAUCAGAUACAAGGCUCAAAAGUGACCUUACGCAA